AUGACCCGUCGGUUGGCCAAUAUCGAUUUGUUGAACAAGUGCGAUGUGUUUCCGGAUCCCGAAAAGGACCCUGCCGGCUAUGCCGAGCUCACGAACGCGCUCUAUGCGCUCGUCUGGGAAGACGGCGAUGGUUGGUUCCCGAUCGGCUGGCUGCCAAUCGCCGUCGUCGAUGCCCUGGUCAAGACGCCCACCAGCGUGAGGGGCCGCAUGGAUAUCAAUCCUACCGACCGGACCGUGGCUCUCUUCCACGAGCUCGACACGGAAGAGGAGCGCACCCGCCUUGUCGCCCAGCUGACGGCGUACUGGCGCAAGAACCAGAAGUUCCGCUUACUCAAGGGCUGGCGCGACGAGAUCUGGCCCGUCUACGGCCGCCACGGUGAGCUCUUGUUCAGCAUGGAGCGUGCCGCCAUGGGCCUCUUUGGCACCACGCGGUACGGCGUGCACAUGACGGCCUUCAUCCGCCGCCGCGACGCCGACAGCAAGUACGACUUCCGCAUAUGGGUCCCGACACGGUCCACUUCCAAGUCGACGUACCCCGGCAUGCUGGACAACACCGUUGCCGGCGGGCUGAUGACAAACGAGGACCCUUUCGAGUGCGUCAUUCGCGAGGCCGACGAGGAGGCUUCGCUACCCGAGAUGGUCGUGCGCAGCUAUGCACGAGAAGUCAGCAACGUCACAUACAUCUUCAUCACGGACGAGCGCUCGGGCGGGGAGCCUGGCUACAUCUAUCCAGAGUGCCAGUGGAUUUACGACCUCGAGCUGCCCUCUGACGGGAGCGUCAUCCCCGAGCCCAAUGACGGCGAGGUCGAGAGUUUUAGCCUGCGCACGGUAGAGGAGAUCCAGGAGCAGCUGGCCCAGGGAAUGUGGAAGCCAAACUGCGCCCUGGUCAUGCUCGAUUUCCUUCUGCGUCACGGGAUCUGCACACCUGAGAACGAGCCUCACUACCAAGAGCUACGCACCAGAACACAUCGAUACAUAUCCUUUCCGGGGCCGCACCACAGCUUCCAUUAG